AUGGAGGAAAAUAUCGAACAAAAGAAAAUUCCUCCGGCUGUUGAAAGGCAACAAAAAGAACUCAAUAUAGCGGCUAAAAAAUUAGUUGAUCUUCUUCAGCAAUGCUCAAAGUUAGAAGCAAAUCUGAAAAAUGAAGAGAAAAAUCUCAAAGAGAAUGGAAGUAAAACAGCUAAUCUCAGUGCAGAAGAGAAGAGAUUAAGCAACGAACUUGAAAUUCAGAAAAAGAAGUCAAUUGUUAUACAGAAAAUUCAAGAAUUUGUAGAUUUUCACUCAAAAUUGGAAGAUUCGUUUGCUAGAAAAGACUACAAAUCGAUAUUAGAUAAUAUGAGACAGCUUGAACGUAUUGCUCCUACUAUUAAACAAGAAAAAGCACUAGAAAAUGUCAAAAAUGAUUCCGCUCAAAAGCUAAGACUAUUAUUCAACGAUAUUUUAAUUUCGAAAGAAAGAUCUCUUACAUUUCCAUCCGAUGAAAAGUUCAAAACUGUUUACAGAACUUUGCUUCAUUUUAGUUUAGAACGAGACUUCGUUUUCUACAUUGUUAACUUCCUUUCCAACAAUCUGUUAAGCGUUCUGAACAAUCAAAACUGCAAUGUUGUCAUCAAAACUCUCGGAAAUAAGUCGAUAACUCUUAUUGAACGAGAAGAACCACAUACGCCAACAACAUCACUUACAGAAUCCUACAAACUAAUCAAUGAGUUUUCUAAAACUCUUACUUCUGUUGGUUUCCUCCUUCAAAAAAAGGAAUUACGACAACUCGGUAAUCAAGCAAUAGAACUUGGCAUUGCGCAGACAGGUGGAUUACUUACUGAUACAGAAAAGGCUGUAAAACAGCUCUGUAAACUAUGUUAUAUCGAUAAUAUUAAUAUGAAUGAGUUGGCAAAGCAAUCAAAACUUCCUCAGACUUUAGAAAAAUGCAGGACUAUGAUGAAAGAAGGAAAAUUGUUCGGAGAAGCCGUUGAUUUCAUGAUGUCAAUUUUCGAAGGCACUCCGUCGGAUGGAAUCCUCACAAAACUUUCCAUUUUGGCCUUGGUCGAAUGGAAAAACGAUUCUGAAAAACUUAAAACCGCUUUUCCGAUAUUUAUCGCAAUUGGAACUAAUGAAGCCAUUCAGUGCAUGAUGAUGUUCCAGGAAAGACUCAAUGAACUCAAAGCACAAAAAUAA